AUGGCGGGCCCGGUAAAAUACACUCCUCCUCCAUCACCGCCGUCACCGACUGCGUCGUUCUAUGAUAUAAGCGACGAUGAUGAAGACGAGUACAACACCAUCGCGCAUGCCCGGUCUGGGCGUGGGGUGAAGCUACUCUACUCCAAAAGCAAAGUCUACGUGCAUCCUACACCUUCCGCCAAAGACAACAUAGCUGGUUUCAUCGCCCUGAUCCAGCAGAAACCAAAGCCGGGGCCCAACCACUCAACCACCACGCAUUCCCGCAACGAUGCUUCCUCGUUCCUCCUUGCCUGGGUCCCCGAGGCUUCACUCGGCGAUGCUUACAGCACCUAUGUUAAAGUUGACCUCGCCGACGACGAUUCCCCGCCCCGCCAGCGAUACCUCGUUCCGCCGCUUCCGACUACCACCACGCAUAGAGACCCGAUCGGACUCUACUCAUUCGCCGUCCCCGUGUCAGAAAUAUACUCUUUGUUGGUGCGGCCUCCAAGCCUAGGAUGGUGGUUUGGAAGCGUUGUGAUCAAUACACGGUCGGGGGACAGCUUUCCUGCCUUGUUCUUCCAUGAUAGCGAAUGCGAGUCGACGAUACUGCAGAAGAAAAAACGUGUCAGGGAGAGCUUCGAUCCGUUUGACCAUGACGGUAGUCUAUUUUGGGGCGGCGAUGAGGUCCUGCGUUGGCUAAGGACAUACGUUGAGGUUCAACGUUCCUCCGUGGACCGGAACGUCUAUCUGAUCAACCCUUCCGAGGAAGAUCAGCUGUCAUUUGGACGAGGUUUAAACGCUGGGGACGGCACACUGUCGAAGGCCCAGCCGGAAGCUACAGCCGCUGGGCCCAAUGCGGCUGGGCAGCAGCGAGAUGCCAGCAUGGAUCCAUUCAUGAAGACCCUUAAAGAGACUCGCUGGAAAGUGCUAGAGCAACUCAGCAAGAUUACCACGUUUACCAGGCGGACUGCUAACGAGAUCGCGGACAAUCCUCGCAUUCCACCGCAGGUUCGACGCUUGAUGAAAAAUCCCGAGGUUCAGACCCUCCAAGAUGAAUUCGAUAGCGCCCGACUGUAUCUGGCGCGGUGGGCCAUGAGCAUCGCUGAACAGGGCGAGAAGGACCGAAACCAGCGGAUCUGGACUGCGCAGGAUGUUCUUGAGUCGGAGAACAGUUCUGUAGGCGAUUUUGAAAUCCUUGAGCUCGAGACUGGCAACCUGGCCAUUCAAGAGCGACGACGAAUCGUCACGCUUGCUGAAUGGGAGGGCUUCUUUGACCCGGUAUCUGGAAGGCUGCACCUAACAGUCGAGGAAGUCAAAGAGCGCAUCUUCCAUGGAGGCUUGGAUCCCAAUGACGGUGCCCGUAAAGAGGCCUGGCUGUUCCUGCUCGGCGUCUAUCCGUGGGAGAGCAGUCACGAGGAGAGACAAGCGAUCAUGAACUCGAAGCGUGACGAGUAUAUCCGCUUGAAGGCAGGCUGGUGGGAGCGCAUGGUUGACGGCAACUCAACAUCCGAGGAGUAUGAAAACUGGAAAGAACAGCGCAACCGAAUAGAGAAGGAUGUUCAUCGUACCGACCGUACUAUACCUCUCUUUGCUGGAGAGGACAUCCCACAUCCUGACCCAGACUCUCCAUUCGCCGAUACAGGAACCAACGUGCACCUUGAACAGAUGAAGGACAUGCUCUUGACGUACAAUGAAUAUAACCCAGACCUGGGCUAUGUGCAAGGCAUGAGUGACCUCCUGGCUCCUCUCUAUGCAGUUAUGCAAGAUGAUGCUGUGGCCUUCUGGGCUUUCGUUGGUUUCAUGGAUCGAAUGGAACGAAAUUUCCUUCGAGACCAGUCGGGCAUGCGAUCUCAGCUCCUUGCUUUGGACCAUCUCGUUCAGCUUAUGGACCCGCAGCUGUACGUCCAUCUUCAGUCUGCGGACAGCACAAACUUCUUUUUCUUCUUCCGCAUGUUACUGGUCUGGUACAAGCGGGAGUUUGAAUGGGGAGAUGUCUUGCGUCUCUGGGAGGCACUAUGGACCGAUUACUUCUCCAGCAGCUUUCAUCUUUUCAUUGCCUUGGCGAUUCUAGAGAAGCAUCGGGACGUCAUUAUGGAUCACUUGAAGCAUUUUGAUGAAGUACUGAAGUAUAUCAAUGAGCUUUCCAAUACGAUGGACCUUGUCCCCAUUCUCACACGCGCCGAAUCGCUCUUCCAUCGCUUUGAGCGAUCGGUCCAGGUAAUCGACAAGAAAGACAACUUCCCCGCCCCUUCUGCACACCAGCGCCGACCAGCAAGUAGCAGUCCAGACUCGGCUGGCAAGGGCAAAUCGCCUCAGCGCCCAACCGUCGGAUCCAGCAGCGGCGUUCGUCCCCCUUCCGCACUUCAACAAGCAAUUGACAAGGACAAGCCAAAGGUCAUCUCUCCGGAAUUGCGAGAGCUUCUGAGAAAAGAUGUCCCCUGGAGACGCCAGCAGACAUCAUAG